GUGACUUGCGUUGGUUUAAUUUGCGUGCUUCAUCAUGGAUUUGCUGGACUAUUGGGCACUUAUUCCGGGCCUUCUGUUAAUUAUCGGAUAUGGAUUUUACCGUUGGAGUAUCGCCACAUUUGACUACUUUGAACGACGUAGUGUUCCAUACAGGAAACCCAUUCCCCUGUUCGGUAAUUUUUGGCAUUUAUUUACCGGGAAAAUACACUCGAAUGAUGUCAUCUCGGAGGGCUACCGUCUGUUUCCUAAUGCAAGAUUUUCCGGUGUGUUUGCGUUUCGUCGUCCCGGCUAUUUGAUCCAUGAUCCAGAACUAAUCAAACAGAUUACGAUUAAGGAUUUUGAUCAUUUUACCGAUCAUGCCAACAAUCUGACGGAAGAUGUCGAUCCGUUGGUAGGAAGGGCGUUAUUUUUUAAUACAGGAAAUCAUUGGCGGCUUGGGAGGUCGGGUUUAAGUCCAGCUUUUACAGGAAGUAAGAUGAGAAAUAUGUUCGAACUGAUUUCGACUUACUCGGAGGGUGUUUUGUGCAGACUUGCUAAAGGUUUGAAGGUUGAACGGUUGGAGCGGGAGAUGAAGGACUUCAUCCAGAGAUUUGCUACCGAUGUUAUUUCAUCGAUAUCUCUCGGCGUCGAGGUGGACUCCAUUCACGAUUCUAAUAAUGAUUUUUUCACCUACGGUCAGCGGUUAAUAUCGACAAAGGGAAUUCAGGGAUUUAAAUUGUUUGUCCUGACGAUGCUUCCGGCGGAAUUUUUCACAACACUCGGCAUCAAGAUCGUUCCUAAGGACGUGGCCGAUUUCUACGAGCACACGGUAGCCACAACAAUCGCUCAGCGCGAGCAGCUGAAAAUUGUCCGGCCAGAUUUUAUUCAUCUGCUGACGUUGGCGCGGAAAAAUAAACUCAAAGCAGAACUAGCUGAUGAUAAAUCGAGCAGUUUCGGAUUUUCAACAGUGAAAGAGUACUCCCAAGCACUUCCGGAAGACAUAAAAUCGCGAUGGACUGACAUGGAUAUUGCCGCUGCGGCUGCGACUUUUUUCGUAGGAGGAAUAGACACUACCACAAGUACACUCUGUUUCGCUCUCUACGAAAUGGCCCUCAAUCCACAAAUUCAGGAGAAACUUCGAUCUGAGAUAGACAACGCUCGUGAAAAUAUUGGAAAUCAAAACCUCUCCUACGACGUGUUGCAGCAAAUGAAAUAUUUAGACAUGGUGAUGAGUGAAACGCUCCGCCGAUGGCCACCAAUCGGAGUGACCAACCGAAAGUGCACCAAGCCAUACCAGAUGAAAAACAGUGACGGAACCAGCGUCACAGUCGAAAAAGAUCAAUUGAUUGAAAUCCCGAUACAGGCUGUACAUUGGGAUGAACGUAUCUAUCCGGAUCCGUUGCGCUUCGAUCCGGACCGAUUUUCCGACGAGAAUCGGGCGAAAAUCAAUCAGAACGCCUAUCUACCCUUCGGAAGUGGACCGAGAAAUUGCAUCGGAUCGAGGCUAGCCCUGAUGCAGGCCAAGUGUUUCUUGUUUUAUCUACUGGCCUACUUUACCGUGGAAAUGUCCCAACGGACCACCGUUCCGAUUCAACUUGACAAGCGAUCAUUCAGCAUUGACGCGGUGGGCGGAUUUUGGUUCCAUUUAACUCCACGGGUUGACAAGCUGCCGAAAAUAAACUAAUUCGGCAUCAGCGAUCAGCCCUCAUAAAAGUAGAGUCUUUAAGUAGUCAGAAGUAGUCGAAAGGUUCAGACUUAGGUACAAACUAACCAAAAAAGAGAUUAUUUUGCAUGUCUAUUUUAAAUUUUAUUGAUAUUUUCGAAACAUAAUAUUUUAAACUAAUGUUUUAAUAAAGGGUGAAUGUAUUAA